AUGACGCCACGCCCGCCGAAGGAAGGAGGGAGGGCUCGCCUUCCUCAGCCCGGACGUGACGCGUUCAGCGGCCGCCACCGGGGCCCCACGUGGUGGUGCGGGAGCGUCGCGGAGCGGGGUCUGCACCCGGGCGGCCUCUCCGGGCCCGACAUGAACCCCUUCGCCUGGUACCCGCCGCCUCCGCCGGGGCUGCCUCCGCCGGGCAUGCCCCCACCAUUCUUCUGCCCGCCGCCCUCCUGGGACGCGAGCUUCUGGGCUGCCCCCGUGCCCUACCCGCCGCCCGGCCGCUACCCGCCGCCCGACAGCCCCUACGCGUCCGCCGACACCUACUCGCAGCCCAAGAGCUACUCCCAGCCCGCCGAGUCCUACUCGCAACCCGCCGAGAGCUACUCGGAUCCCGCCCAGAGCAUCCCUGCCGCCGAGAGCUACUCUCAGCCUGCCCAGAACUUCUCGCAGCCCGAGGGCUACCCGCAGCCCGCCGAGGGCUACCCGCCGGCUCAGGGCUACCCGCAGUCCGAGAGCUUCCUUCCCCCUCAUGGCUACAGCUCGCCGGGCACCUGGUUCCCGCCGGCCUACGGAGCGCGGGGCCCGCACCCUGGUGGAAAUGGUAAUUUCUCCCAGAAACGGCAGGGCAAGCAAGCGCCUGCGUUUAGUAAACAUUGCCCAGAAGAAAAUAACAAGCCAAAGACCAAAAAGAAAAAAGAGCCAGUUUUCUCUCAUUACUGUGAUACCUGUGACCGUGGCUAUAAAAACCAGGAGAAGUAUGAUGAACACAUUUCACAGCAUAAGCAGUGCUCAGAAGAAGGUUGCACUUUCAGUGCCCAUGAGAAGAUCGUUCAGAUACACUGGAAGAAUGCACAUGCACCUGGUGCUAAAAGAAUAAAAUUAGAUAGUCCAGAAGAGAUUGCUAGAUGGAGAGAAGAAAGAAAAAGAAAUUUUCCUACUUUGGCAAACAUUGAAAGGAAGAAGGAAAUGCAGACACAGAAGGAGGAAAGGGGAGAAGUGCUGACUACCCAGCAGUUUGGCAAAAUGAAGGGGAUGUGGAAACCUCCAGAAAAUGGAGAAGCUCUUGGGCAUCAACGAAGACACAGGAGAAGACAAUGGCGUCCAUUCUGGAAGAAAUUUAGAAAAAAUGGUGGCGAUUGUCAUGGACCUAAAACUCAAAAUGAAGCCAAUGGACCAGAAAACAGCACAUGUGAAAAGGAGCAUGAAAAACAAAAUGCUUUGGCAGGCCAAGCAUAUGAGAAAGAUGUGGACCCUCUUGGUCUUCUGGCAAAUGGUGAUGUCGAAUCUGACAAGGAUGAGGCAGCUGAGGAGGAUGGAAGGCUGGGAACAACAGUUGUCCCCAGGCAGGUGACCUCUGCCCUUAGCUCGCUGUCGGUCAACUAUGGCAGCGCAUCCGACAGUGAGCCCGAAGAAAUCCCUGUCAAGACUGCAACAAAAGCUGAGAGAAACCAGGCUGUGCUCAGAAAUACGCCUCAAACUACUCCUGCUCCUCAGAGUCGGAAACCAAAUCAGAGCCGCCCAGAGUGCACAGGCGUGGCGUUAAGGAGCUCGAAUUCGAACGCACGUCCCCCCAGAGGGCCUGAUAAGCGGGGCAGGAAAACAUUGCCUCGCCUUCCCAAGCGCCGUCCAACUCUGCUGGAAAUGUUACUGGCCCAGGACAUCCGGCACGAGAGGAACGUGAUUUUGCAGUGUGUUCGAUACCUCAUCAGAAAUAACAUGUUUGGACUUCACCUUAAAACAGAACCACAGGCUGAAGCAGAAACUGAACAGUCCCCUACACCUACAGCAGAGCCUUCUGUGGAAAAACCUGAUGAAUCUAGUUGUUCUUGUAGCUCUGACCUUCAGUUAGAAGGAGGACAAGAAGAUGCAUUAUUAAUAGCCCAGGGUGAGAAGGAACCUGUGGAUCAGACUUCACAGAUGGCUCAGUUGGCAGAUGAGGACACGUGGGAAACCCCAUCAAUUCACUGUGAAGGGGCACCAUAGAGGAUGUCUCUUAUGGACAGUAAAGGCUCACAUUUUCUACUCAACUGAUGCUUUUUGAAAGACAUCAGUGUAAUAAAAUAUCGUUGAAGUACA